GUCACCGAUCAAUCUUUGCGUUAGUAACAUACGCAGUUCAUCGCGAGACUUUGCGGACGUUUGUUCGACUGUUUGGCUCACACGCGUCCUCGUUUCUGAGCGCUCGACUUCCUAAUAAACAGUUAUCGCGAUUAUUCGCGAAUAGCCAGUAUAUAGACAUCGCCGUAGGUUGAAUAAGUAAUCGUCGAUAGCAGCAGCAAGAGAAUCGCGAAAAUGACGGUCAUCACGAAAGCGAUCACCGAAAAGAAGGUCGACAAAAUGGAGCAGCCAUUGUUUGUUGAGGAAAACGCGGCGGAUAGCUCAAAAGCUGAUGUGGAAGCAGCACGUCCAAAAGCCGAUAUAGGUCAUUAUUUUGUUACUAGGAGAAGCAUUCAACGUAUACAUGUGACAGCGACAUUCUUGCUUUUUCUUGUUGCUUUGAUGAUAUUGAUUAUUGGCGUGAUCGGUGGUCUCUACAUUUAUAAGCAAUAUGCGAGAACUCAAAUGCACAGAUUCCGUACAGGCUGGUACAGCAUUCCAUAUGACAGUUCCAACAAAGCAUCUUAUGGCAGGGAUGGAGUUCAUCAGGGACUACUGGCUGAUUCUGAUCUAUUCAAAAGUCUUACCAGAGCCACUGAGCAAGAAGCGUUGGAUAUUGCGAGACAUUUAGAUCAUGAUAUCAGAAAUUUCUUCAAUGAGAGAUUUGAGAUUGACCUCGAGAACGAGCAUUACGAGAAGAUUGAUGUGCCUGACUUCCGCGGUGGACGCCAAGGCCGCUUUAUACAUGAUUUUAACAUUAAUAAAACAGGUAUCAUAGAUAUCGAUGGUCAAUGCUGCUUUGUUAUGCCAUUAAAUCGUCAGCGAGUAUUGCCACCUCGUAAUAUGUACGAUCUUCUCAGAAAAAUGUAUGAUGGUUACUAUGAAGUGGACACUGCGAUCGUACGUGAGACCAUGAAAGUAGUCACACCACCCAUCACUGAUCUAUCAGUUGUGGGAACGUACAUAGCGCGUGAAUGUCAAGACUUGCCUACCUAUAUGCUCAAAAAAGUGGAUUAUUCCGUUGUAAAGCGCAGCGCGUCAAACGGAGUAUUCGGACAGUUUGCCGGCAACAGCAUUAUGGAAGUUGACAUCGUAAAUUUACAAGACUUUGAGUAAAACUAAAAAAAUUGCGCGAGGAGAAAUUUUCAAUUAUUCUAGAAUAUUAACCACCAGUAGAUCAAUGUAUAAAAAUUAUAUGCUGUCCAGCGAACAUAGAUAUACUCCCACAUUUAUCGAGAUCAGCAUUAUGUCUUUCCAUUAUACUUUCCAUUAACUCUAGAUCGUGAAAUUAUAUAGUACAAGUACGAUUUGUUAGUUGUUGUUAGACGUUAAAUGAUCAGAGUCGUUUGAUGUUCGAGGGAGUUUUAUGCAAUAUCACAUGAGAGGCUAAACGUGAAUGACUAAGUCAUUAAAUCGACACGCAAAGCGCAGGAAAGCCGAUUAAAAUAGAGUUAUUUAACUUGCCCGCAAGUUGGUUCUUAUAGAAGCAUUGAAUAUUUCUUCCAUAUUCUUCGAAUACGUUAUUCAGACAGUUAGCAGAAUGACAAUGCAAUGUUAGUUGCACUAUAGUAAUGAAAUGUUUAUUACUAUUAUGUAUUUUGACACAGCUGGUUGACUAUAUUACGAAUAACAUCUGCGUGAAUAAUCGGCGAAGUCAGUAGAAUAACUGCGCGCUAAAUCAUCGUGCGUAUAAUACGGUUUUAUAUAUGUGUUAUUAAUGAUAUUGUAAAAAUAUAUUAAUUUAUGAAUUAUCAUAGAAUAUUUAUUGCUCUCGCAUCGGGCAAUAUGUUUGAACAUGAUGAACUCGGAAUAUAAAGCAUACGCAACUAUUAUCGCAACUUAAAACUGCUAUAAAGAUGUGUUUUAGUCAGAAAUAUAUUGUUUCAACAAUUAUAAUUAUUAUUUAAAUCACGUUAAACAUAUCAGACAUAACUAUAUAAAAAUUUUUACAAAAUAACUGGAUUGAAAAAAAUAACAAGAAUUACAAAAUACUAGCAGCUCAAGUGAAAGUUUAGUGCUUUCUUAAGAACAUUCCUUACGCCUAGUUCAUAUGUUCUGCAUUUUAAAUUAUGAAAAAUACGUGCUUUAAUAGAUAUUAAAAAUAUAAUAUAUAUAUUCUAUAAUAUUUGUGGAAUAUAUAUGACUAUUGAUAAAUUUAGUAUAUAUAAAUUAUUUUAUUUUUGAACUGAUUUUAAUUAAUACAAUUGAUACAUGGAUACUGAUUAAUUGCUCAGUUGCAAAAAUUAAUUGCUCAUAUAUAAAAUCUAAAAUCGUUGAACCAGAACUGUAAUAAAACGAAUGAAUUGCGACUGAAUGUAACUACGAUUUAUGUAUUGUGCUCAGUGUCUUCAAAAUUUUUUAAUGUAUAAAUUAAUAGUUAUAUACACACGCGAACUUCAAUGCCGGAGAAUGUAUCCAGGUACUCGGAUAUUCUGUAUUUAUUAGUUUUAAUAUAUUGUAGAUAUACCGAAUAUCGAUAUUUGUGAGGGGUAUGUUCUUAGCUUCUUUUCAAUUCAAUAUUCUGUGUAAUAAGAAAAAACAAUAUAGCCAAUAAACUGAGAUAACCGGAAACUUUAGAGGCGUUUUAGUACAUAUCAAGAAAAUCUUAUUUGAACCAAUUAAAAUCCUGUUAAGAACAAAUUGUAAUACGUUUCACGCAGCUCUCAUUAGUUUUGGAUAUUACAAAAUUAAAAUGAUCUAAACGUAUCAUUGCAGGAUCAUUUUCAUGUGUAAAUUAUUGAAAAGUAGAUAGAUUGAAAAGAAUAAUUAUAAUGUGUGUGUACGGAUAAGAUACUGCGUGUUAUAUCUCCAAAUAUGUUUGAGAAGUUGGAUUUCUCUUAAUGAUCGUUUUGUCAACAAGUCGACUGUAUAUGAAAAAUCGUGAAAUAUAUAUACAUAUAUAUAUAUAUGCAUAUGUUAAUAUACGCGAAUAUAUAUGGACCGAGUGCCUGAACAUUUACAAUUCAUUUUACAUUAGUUUAAUGCUUAUCUACUAUUAUUAAUAUUAUAUCAAUUCCAGUUUACAAUAAACGUAAACGCAAAUAUACGAAUAUGCAACGCGUACGCACGGUUUUAAGUGUUUGUAGGUAUAUAGAUUAAUCUCUUACUCUGGUGGCAAUAAAUGUAAUAUAUACAUAUUAAUUAGUUGCAUCACUUUUUAAAGGGAUGGAAAUAUGGAAUUUUUCGUGAAUAUUAAAUUUCGUUGAUCAUUCUAUCAUUUUUACGUUCAUUUAACUCCAUAUAUAUAUAUUCGUAAAUAUAUAUUUAAACUUUAUAAUAAAAACGUUACACGAUUCUCUUGUAUUUCAUAUAGUUGUAGUUUAGCUCUUAUCCAACCAUUAUUUCCAUCUCUGAUUAUUAAGUCUGAAGAAUUGCUUUCUUAUGCAUAGGGCCGAGAAAACCAAAUAUGUAAGCAAUUGUAAAAUCCUACAAAGAAUAAAUGGUAUGUACACAAAUCUGA